GGAAGAGGAAGCUAACGGAGGAGUAAGAGAAAACAACGCCAGAGACUUUGAGUCCGUUGCUGUCGAAAACAGCAGAAGGACCAAAAAGUGUUCUUGUAAAUGUUUGAGAAUGUGUGACGUGCAGGAGCUCAUGUGUCUGAUCCAGCGGCAUCAGGCUGCGGCGGCUCGAGACAUACUGGAACUGUUUGAAAGGACGUUAGCGGCGCACGAGGAGCAGCUGCGGCAGUCAAGAGAGGAGAACGAGCGGCAGAAAAAGCUGCUAGAAGCUCUUUUACAGCCUCAAGUUCAACUAGAAAGAGCAGUGUUGCCUGAGCAGCUGCUGGUGAUUAAAGAAGAGGUUCCCGCUGAGCAGCAGGAGUGCAGCCCCAGUGUGAAGCAGGAGGAACCAGAGCCCCCCCACAUUAAAGAGGAACAGGAGGAGCUCAAUAUCACCAAGGAUAUCCCAUUCACUCCUGCCCCUGUGAAGAGUGAAGAUGAUGAAGAGAGAGCUCAGUCCUCACAGCUUCAUCAAAGCCAAACUGAGGAGAACAGAGAGGCAGAGCCUCCGGCCAGCAGCUCCACUGAAACAGAAGCUGAUGAAGAGGAUUUACAAGCAAGUAGUGAUGGCCAGCUGCUCUCUUCACACUCCUCUGAAUCUGAGACUGAAGACAGUGAAGAUGACUUGGAGGAGACUGGAGAGCCUCAGUCAGGUUUAGCCUCAGUGAGUGAAGUCCUUUUCAGCCAUGACAGAUCUGAGGCUGGAGAGAAGCCAUCUUCCUGCUCUGUGAACAAAACCACAGGAGAGAAACAGUGGAGCUGCGUUGUUUGUGGUACAAACUUUAAAAAAAGGUGUCUCUUAAAAAGACACAUGAUGAGGCACAAGAAAGACAAACCAUUCAGCUGCUCAGUCUGUCCGAAGAGAUUUGUUCAUAAAUUUUGCUUAAACAGACACAUGAGAGUCCACACAGGAGAGAAACCUUUCAGCUGCUCAGUCUGUGCUAAGAGAUUUAUAGGGAAAAGUGAGUUAAACGCUCAUAUGGUAGUCCACAGAGGAGAGAAAACUUUUAGCUGCUCAGUCUGUGCUAAGAGAUUUACACAAAGAUUUGCUUAA